AUGGACCAUAAGCGCAAGGCGAGUCUGUCUGGAGCCGGCGUUGCCGAUGGCGAUGACCGGGCUUUUAAGAGACAAAGGACACCAGGUCAACCCUCCGACUACAAUCUCCUGCAAGGGGAAACACACGAAUCUACGACCGCCUAUGGACUACACUUUCUUGAAACGAUUCGGAGAACGAAGGACAAAAGUGGGCGGCUUGUCGCAAACUACUUCGAAACCCUCAUCCCACGGGAGAACAACCAGGAAUACUACGAGCGCAUUCGCCUGCCCAUUUCGUUGAGCAUUAUUGAGCGAAGACUUCAAAACCAAGAAUUCGCGAACCUAUCGGAGCUUGAAGCUUACUUCAAGCGCAUGGUGAUGAAUGCGAAAGAUUUCUACCCCAAGUCUUCAGAGGUUUUCGAGGACGCCGAACGCGUACGCAAGGCGCUAAGCAAUUACAUGACAAAAACCAACCCGGCAUACAAACUUGUCCAUGGCUAUAGCUGCCAGGCCACCCCGGUCGAUACCGACGGGCAGCCCGAGACCGGUAGUGCUAUAGUGCACCAGUCGGCAGUGGAGCAGAUGCCGGUGAGUGACGAGGACGCGGAAGGCGAGGAAGAUGCGCAAGAGGAGGACGAAGAUGCCGAGGGCGACGAAGAUGACGAUGAAGAAGAUGAGAACCCCCGGAAAAUUGUGCUCAAGAGGAGGGGCCCUGGCCGGCCAGGCUCCGAGCAGUCAAGGAAGUUGGAUAAGAGCGGACGGGUCAAGGCAGACCACGAGUACGAAGGCGUGCCUUAUAAAGGACUCUCUUUUCAACAGGCACAAGAGAAAAUUGUCGAGGAGUUGAUCAGGAAACCAGAUGGGUCCGACCCAUAUUUCCUGGACUUUAUCAACCUUCCGCCGCGUAGCUACAAAGACUACUUCGCGGUUAUCACAUCACCUCUGUCUUUGAAAGGUUUACAGAAGCUUGUCAAAGGCAUUCAUGGUCGACAGCCAGCGACGGGAGUGAGCGACUUCAAAGGUUGGGCGGCAUUUGAAGAGAGAGCGAGCCUUCUCUGGACAAACGCACAUUUCUACAACGAAGAGGGGAGCGUCAUUCACACGUUAGCGACAGAGCUCAAGAAAUGUUUUGAGCGGGAAGUGGGAGAAGCCAAAACCCUUGUGCAGGAGCCACCACAACCAAAAAUUAAACUCAAGAUGACGCCCGGCCAAGAGACCCCGGUUCCCGGUUCAAAGAAAAUUACCAUUCAUGUUGGAGGGUCUCGUGGCAGUACCGCAGCUUCGCCCGCACCACAAACUGGCCGUUCAAUGAGCGAUUCGAGCCGCCCCGACGGAAUCCUAGAUAAUAGUCGCAACAAUUCGGCGGUCCCGGCCAACACCACCACUGCUAGUUUCCAGGUUGAUAACACCAAAACCUUACCCAUCGCUGUGGGAUCUCCCCACCCUAUCGGUGCCGGUCCGAUAGCCCAAGGAGGCCCUCAGCCAUCCCCGCCCUCUUAUGCGCGGCCGAACGACAACACGCAGAGCGUGCCAAAUGGCAUAAACGGCAUCCCGGGUCGCGGUCAAGUCUUUCACCAGCCCAACGGUCAGCCGAUACAAAACGGCCACUCACAUCCGGCCCCGGCCCCGGCCCCGGCGACAACCCCGAUCUACGAUUUCAAAUACCGCGCCCCUGGUAGAGGUCUCGCCGAUGCGCUCUUGCCUAGCCUUUUGGUCAGGACACAUCCUAGUGUGGUUAUGGACCACAAGUUCCGGAUGGAAUUCCCGGCUCACCCGCGAGAAGCGCACCAGAAUCUCACAAUGCACCUCCCAGCCAGCUAUCACCGACUGCAGCUUAUUCCUCGUUUGGCGCCAUUUGAGCAACAAGGCCGGCAGUACCGCAUGUUUGUGGCCGUCAAUGGCCAUACGGUCGGUCGGGCGGUCCCGCUGCCUGUUAAGGACGAUCCGUUGCCCCCGAACGCGAUAGUUUUUGACGCUAACCUUCAGGCUUCUACGAACAUCAUCGUGGUUACGGUUAUCGCUAACUUACCUAAGGGGCAAAAGUUGAUGAAUGGUGCCGACUGCGAGGUGGAGAAAGUUGUUCUCAACCUCCAACUCCUCCGGUAA